AAAAAUAAAGGGGCCAGUGACCUCUGCUAGUCUUUCUCUACGUGAAGCAGAGAGAGAUAGAGAGAGAGAGAGAGAGUGAGAUGUCGGACGAGGAACAUCACUUUGACUCGAAGGCGGACGCUGGAGCCUCAAAGACCUUCCCUCAGCAAGCUGGUACCAUCCGCAAGAAUGGUUAUAUCGUCACCAAAAACCGUCCUUGCAAGGUUGUAGAAGUUUCAACUUCGAAGACAGGCAAACAUGGGCAUGCAAAGUGCCACUUUGUGGGCAUUGAUAUCUUUAAUGGGAAGAAACUUGAAGAUAUUGUUCCUUCAUCCCACAACUGUGAUGUUCCCCAUGUUAAUCGUACUGACUAUCAGCUGAUUGAUAUCUCUGAAGAUGGUUUUGUGAGUCUCUUAACUGAAAACGGAAACACCAAGGAUGACCUGAGGCUUCCCACCGACGAAAAUCUGCUUAGCCAGAUCAAGGAUGGGUUUGCUGAAGGAAAGGACCUUGUGGUUACAGUCAUGUCUGCAAUGGGAGAGGAGCAGAUCUGUGCUCUUAAGGACAUUGGUCCUAAAAAUUGAAUAUAUGCUGCUAUAGCUUUAUUUGCUGACACAGAGUUUUACGUAUUUAUGCAUGUAUGCAAGAAACCCUUAUUCAGAUGGUAUUUUAACAUUGUAAUCUUCAAGUUUGUGGAGGAACUGCUGAUCCCUGGAUGAAGGGAACUUGUAUCAACAGCAGGUUGGAAUUUAUAUAUAGCCCCUAUUUCUAUGUCAUAUUCAUUAAUGCUUGGUUCA